GUCCGGAGCACGAGGUCUCAUACUGCGCAUGCGCGCGCGUGGAAGCCAAAAUCCAGAACGCCGUUCUUUCGUCGUAUGCACGUCUGCUGCUAAGGAUGGCUCCGAGAUACGAAUUGGCCGUCGGCCUUGACAAGGGUCACAAAACGACUAAAAUCCGUGUAGCAAAGAGCAAAUCCGAGAAGGAGAAGACCGUCUGCUUGCGACCGUCCAGGUUGAAAGGAAAGCAAACUAAGCACAGUAAAUUUGUAAGAGACUUGAUUCGGGAGGUCACAGGACAUGCACCUUAUGAGAAGCGUGCUAUGGAGUUGCUGAAAGUGUCCAAGGACAAGCGCGCGUUGAAAUUUUUGAAAAGAAGGUUGGGUACACACAUUCGUGCUAAGAGGAAGCGAGAAGAGCUUGGAAACAUCUUGGUACAGAUGAGGAAAGCUGCUCAUCAUUAAUUAUUUUUUAAAAAAAUUGUAAACCGUUAUAUAAUAAAUAUCUCAACAGAAUA